AUGUGUGGCAUUUGUUGUGCAGUAAGCUUUUCUGUUGAGCAUUUCAACAAAGAUUUGAAAGAGGAUUUACUGUGUAAUCUUAAACGGCGGGGACCCAAUAGUAGUAAACAGUUGUUAAAGUCUAAUAUUAACUACCAGUGUUUAUUUUCUGGUCAUGUCCUUCACUUAAGAGGUGUGUUGACUGCCCAGCCUGUUGAAGAUGAAAGAGGCAAUGUAUUCCUGUGGAAUGGAGAAGUCUUUAGUGGAAUAAAGGUUGAAGCUGAAGAGAAUGAUACCCAAAUAAUGCUUAAUUAUCUUUCCUCUUGUAAGAAUGAAUCUGAUAUUUUGUCACUCUUCUCAAAAGUCCAGGGUCCUUGGUCUUUUAUAUAUUAUCAAGCAUCUAGUCAUUCUUUGUGGUUUGGUAGGGAUUUUUUUGGUCGUCGUAGCUUGCUUUGGCAUUUUAGUAGUUUGGGCAAGAGUUUCUGCCUCUCUUCAAUCGGUGCCCAAACAUCUGGAGUGGCCAAUCAGUGGCAAGAAGUUCCAGCAUCUGGAAUUUUCAGAAUUGAUCUAAAGUCUACUUCCAUUUCCAAAUCUGUUGUUUUAAAAUUGUAUCCUUGGAAAUAUAACUCUAGGGAGGAUGUUAUCAAAGAAUGUGUUAAUAGCCUAACUCAAAUUUCAGCAGAUUUGCCAACAUUUGUAUCAGUGGCAGCAAAUGAAGCCAAACUGUAUCUUAAAGAACCUGUUGUCCCUUUAAAUAUGAUUUUGCCACAAGCCGCAUUUGAGAUCCAUUGCAGUAGCAUUUCCAGCGUCCCACCAUCAAGAGAGACCCUUCAGGUCUUUCUUACUGAUGGACACAUGAAGAAAGUAGUUCAGCAGUUCAUUGAUGUCCUGAGUGUCGCAGUCAAGAGACGUGUCUUGUGUUUACCUAGGGAUGAAAAACUGACACAAAGUGAAGUUUUGAAUACUAGUAAUAGGAAAGCAAAUGUUGCAAUCCUGUUUUCUGGGGGAAUUGAUUCCAUGGUUAUCGCAGCGCUUGCUGACCGUCAUAUUCCUUUAGAUGAACCAAUUGAUCUUCUUAAUGUGGCUUUCAUGACUAAAGAAAAGACCGUACCAGCUGGUUUUAACAAAAAAGGGAGAAAAGAGAAAAAUAAUUGUGAAAAACGCGCUGAAGAAUCCUCUAAAAAUGUCAGUGCUGCUGCUGCUGCUAAUCCUGGUGAGCAAUUCAAUGUACCAGAUCGAAUCACAGGAAGAGCAGGGCUAAAGGAACUACAAGCUGCCAACCCUUCCCGGAUUUGGAAUUUUGUUGAAAUUAAUGUUUCUCUGGAAGAACUGCAAAGAUUAAGACGAACUCGAAUAUCCCACUUAAUUCAGCCCUUGGAUACAGUGUUGGAUGACAGCAUUGGCUGUGCAGUCUGGUUUGCUUCUGGAGGAGUUGGUUGGUUAGUGACCCAAGAUGAAGCAAAACCAUAUCAGAGUAGUGCAAAGGUAGUUCUUACUGGAAUUGGUGCAGAUGAGCAGCUCGCAGGUUAUUCUCGUCAUCGUGUCCGCUUCCAGACACACGGGCUGGAAGGACUGAAUAAGGAAAUCGAGAUGGAACUGGGUCGAAUUUCUUCUAGAAAUCUUGGUCGUGAUGACAGAGUUAUUGGUGAUCAUGGAAAAGAAGCAAGAUUUCCUUUCCUGGAUGAAAAUGUUGUCUCCUUUCUAAAUUCCCUACCGGUUUGGGAAAAGGCAAACUUGACUUUAUCCCGUGGAAUUGGUGAAAAACUAAUUUUGCGUCUUGCGGCAGUGGAACUUGGUCUAACAACCUCUGCUCUUCUGCCGAAACGGGCCAUGCAAUUUGGAUCCAGAAUUGCAAAAAUGGAAAAGAAUAAUGAAAAAGCAUCUGAUAAAUGUGGAAGGCUCCAAGUCAUUUCCUUAGAAAACCUUUCUAUUGAAAAAGAGAUCAAAAUGUAAUAUUUCACAGUGUAACAGCAUUUGCUGAAUGAUGAUUUAAAAAAAUACUCUGCUGCUUUAUUAUUGUAUAAUGUUGCUGUAAAAUUCAUUAUGUGAAUUUUUACUUUGUAGUGUAAUACAACCAAUUUAAUCAAAUUGAUACUCCAGAGAAAGAGAUUAUACUUGAAAGAACAACCUGGAUAUUUUAAACUGUGGUAUUAACAUUGUUUUGAACUCUUACAUGGUAAUUUCCCACCAGCAACACUAAAAGAAGGCAGCUUUUAUUGACUCUUCAUGGUAGCUAUAUCCAGAAAUAACUCAGUUUGUUACUGUUGUUAUUUAACAGGUAAGAGAACUAAGGUUUAGAGAAGCUAAACAAUUUGCUUGAGGUUCACACUCCUGAGAGACAGGUGGUACAUCUCUUUAGGCAGCUCACUGUUCUGCUCUGAGAACUUCUGAAGACUAUUUUAAAUAUUCUCCUGUCCCACAGAUCUCUAACCUCCCUAUCUUUUCCCCAUUCUCAGCUCACGACCUCAGCUUUUCGCAGAGAAAUCAAAGUCAUCUAGCUAAGAACUGCUCAGCUUUCCAACACCAAAAGUUCUAACUUACCUGUGUGUGCACUCAUCCUUUUCUUCCUUCUUGGCUUUAGAAAGAGAAAUAUAUGCAUCCAUCCAUCAAAAAGGCUGUGCCUCCACCUCUUCUUUGUAUCCCAACCCUUCCUGCCUUUCAGGAACCUUACACUCGUCUCUCUAUUAUCUUCAGCCUCUUCUCUAUAGUGUCCUUCGUAUAAUCAUUUAAAACGUUCUAGUCUGUACCAAUUUAAAAUGCACAUCCCUGGUCCUAUGUCUUUCUGUACGUACCGUCUCUCGCCUCCCACCCACACUCAUCCUUUCCACCUUUCCACCUCGUCGCUCACCUUCACUCCAACCUGACAUCCACCCACAGUAUUCAGUCAUAACCACCAUAACACAAGGUCACAUUUGGGAUCUAUCCCCAAUUAGGGCUGACACCCUUUCUGGAUCUGGACAUACUUUGAUUCUUUUAAUUAUAGUGGGAAAGAAAUUUUAGGAAUUUACAUACAUUGCUCAUACUUCGUAAGUGCAAACAUGCAGCUCUCUUAAAGAAGGCAGUGACUUUUUGACGUCUCUUGAUCUGGGAGAGCAAUCACAAAUUUAUUAAUAUUCACUACCUUCACAGCAGCUAAGAUAGUGACAUGGUUGGAAUAAGAGAAAUUCUGCCUUCAAACAGUGACCAGAACCCUCCCUGUUGCUAAAUUCAGGGAAAAGUUUCAGUUCUCAUCUCCCUUGACCUAGAGCAGCAUCCAGUGAAGUUGGCCAUUCUCUUCUCUUGGCUUCUGUGACCAAUCUUGGCUUUCCUCCUGCUCUCCUGACUGCUCGCUUUUUUGUAUUCUUUCCUGCCUCCACCCUCUCCACCUGACCUUUACAUAUUAAAUUUCUCAGGUCUCCAUCCUGGGUUCUCAAUUAUCUAUUCUUCCGUGGUGAUUUCAGCCACUCCCCUGGCUUCACUUACCCUAAGCCUGCCGGAGUGUAUACACCUAACCCAAGCUGCCAUUUUUAGCUAAGACCUAUAUAUCUAAGGCACAUCUGACAUCUCUGCUUGGUUCUCUCACAGGUACAGCUGAACUCUUAAUCUUGCCCUGAUCCCCCAUAGCUCCUGACAGAAACUUAGGUGUCACCUAGAUGACCACCUUCUUUUUAAACUCUGCCACUAUUCGAUCUGUUCCCAGUAGGCCAUCUCAUUAUUUCUCAAACCUAUCCACAGCCCUCCAUCACCACCACUCAAGCCUGCACCUGCCAUCUACUGCUAUCAAUCUAGCGUCAACUCUUAGAAUAAAGUUCAAAAUCUUUAACUCAGCAGCCUGCAUAGUCUGGCCCUCACCUACCUCCUCAUCCUAUUUUUGUGCCCACAUCUCUCUAGUUCUCUAUGCAGUUUUGUUCAGUUUCUCAAAAAUUUCAACUUUCUCCUCAGCUUAGUUCUUCAUCACCUGUUGUUCCCUAUGCCUGGAAAGCUACUUCUCCAACUCUCUGCUUGGAUAGCUCUUUCUCAUCUAUCAGGCUCGGCUUAAAAGAUCAUCACUUCCUCAGGGCAGCCUUUCCCAUGAAGGUUAGCUUUCCUUCAUGUGCUGUCAUUACAUCUUACAUUAUGGUACUGUUUAAAUGCAGCUGUAUGAUUAUCUGUGUAACUGUAAGCUCCUUGGGGUUUUACAGCUGCCCUUUUCCGGCAUUCCCAGCGCCUGGCUCAUAACAAGCGUUCCAUACAUGUUUGUUGAGUAAAAGAAUGUUGAUGGAGGUGGGAUUCUAACUCAGGACUACCUCAGAGCCUUGGGCCCUCGCCUCCGCCGCUCUGUUUCUGUGCUUUCUCGUAGACGAAUAGUGAAAGUAGGAAAUGACAGAGAUUCACUGUUCCCA